AUGGAUUCGAAGAACCGGCGAAAGAUAUUGGAGAAGAAAAAGACGAUUCAUGACCUUAUCAAAAGAGCUUCUUCUGUUGCCGAUCCUCUUUCUCCGUUUGAUUCCUUCCGCCGUUACCGGAAAAAUGACUUAUCUGUGUACCUGGAAUCUGGCCGUGGAGAUAAGCUCUCCUCGACCCUGAAGCAACACAUUCAAAAGCUCUUGAGGACGAACAUGGAAGGAUUCUUUGGCUCUGAUUGGCCAAUACAAGCAAAGGCAAAGCGUAAGGAGAUGUCUUCCGCAGACGCACAUUAUAUAUUUGUGCACGAACGGGGUUAUGGUAAAGCCUAUGAGACGUCUACUCGGAGGAUUUGCGUGGAAGGGAGUAAUCAGAUAGCUGGAUUUGUGCAUUACCGGUUUACUUUAGAGGAAGACAUACCUGUCCUUUACGUGUAUGAAAUUCAGCUGGAAUCUCGGUUUCAAGGCAAAGGACUGGGAGAGUUUUUAAUGCAGUUGAUUGAGCUCAUUGCUUCUAAGAAUCGGAUGAGUGCUGUCGUGCUAACUGUUCAGACAUCUAAUGCAUUGGCAAUGACUUUCUACAUGAGCAAGCUAGGAUACAGAAUAUCAAGCAUUUCACCAUCAAAAGCUAAUCUUCCGACUUUCGCGGUGAAGUAUGAGAUACUUUGCAAAACAUUUGAUUCCGAAGCUAAGUCUGUGUUGGAGCAAAGAUAUUUUACUUUAUCUAUUCACUGUUUACAAGAAACUAAUCGGCCGCCAGAUACUUGCACAGUUUCUCUCGAGGCUGGAAAUUUGAGUUAUCAGUCGCAGCAGCUAGGAAGCUUAUCAGAUACUUAUUUCAUGGCUGCUCUGGAUCCAAGUGAGGAGCUAAGCAGCAACCUAGAAAACGGAAGCUGCAAUUCCAACGAAGGAACAAAUCCAGAAACCAGUAGUAAUUGGACUGAAAACGUGGUGAAGGUUAGGAAGCCGUACAUAGUAACUAAGCAGAGAGAGAAGUGGAGUCAGGAAGAGCAUGAUCGCUUCCUUGAAGCUGUAAAGCUUUAUGGUCGUAGCUGGCGUCAAAUCGAAGAACACGUAGGCACGAAAACAACUGUACAGAUACGAAGCCAUGCUCAGAAGUUUUUCUCCAAGGUGGCUCGAGAAGCUGACAAUUGUAGCGGUAGCAUUGUGAUCCCGCCUCCACGUCCAAAGAGGAAACCGGCACAUCCUUAUCCUCGGAAAUCGCCUGUUCCGUAUUCUCAGUCUCCUUCCUCGGCUAUGGAGGAGAAAGGAGCAAAGUCUCCAACUUCAGUCCUAUCAGCGUUUGCUUCAGAGGAUCAGAUCAACAGAUGCUCCUCUCCUAACUCGUGUACCAGUGACAUCCAGUCCAUUGGUGCAAAGAAUGACUACUCAGCAUCCAAGCAAUCCCUCAAAGAGGAUGCUGAUGCACAAACCAUCUCAAGCAUUAAGCUUUUCGGGAAGGUUGUCCUUGUGGCGGAAGAAUCUCACAAACCAUCCACUUACAGUGAUGAUAAUGAUCAGGAGAAUCACUACUCGGGGAACAAGAAAUCCACCUUGCGUAUUGAUUCUAGGCAUGUCGACACUGAAUUAUCUCUUGGGGUAUGGGAAACUUCUUGUACCGGUUCUAAUGCGUUUGGCUCUGUCACACAAGUUUCAGAGAACUUGGACAAGAGUCGGUUAACCUCGUCCGAGAAACCAGAACCGUGUUAUCGUGCAAAUGGGUUUAGGCCAUACAAGAGAUGCUUAUCAGAAAGAGAAGUGACAUCAUCUUUGUCCUUGGUAGCUUCAGAGGAAGAGAAAAGCCGGAGAAGAGCACGUGUAGCGUAA